AUGAAACUUCACUGCUCUAAAAUAUUAUUAUUUUUACUUCCAUUAAAUAUAUUAGUAACAUCAUUAUCAAAUGUGCAUAAUAAUAAUAAACUAUACAACACACCACAUCAUAUACCAACUACUACAUCACGAAUGUUAAGCGAAUGUGACCUAUAUAUACCCAAAUAUGAUAAUGAUGCGGAUAUGAAAUCAGUAAAGGAAAAUUUCGAUAGACAAACGUCACAACGUUUUGAAGAAUACGAUGAACGUAUGAAAGGUAAACGCCAAAAACGUAAAGAACAACGUGACAAAAAUAUACAAGAAAUUAUUGAAAAAGAUAAAAUGGACAAAUCAUUAGCAGAAAAAGUAGAAAAAGGUUGUCUUAGGUGUGGGUGUGGUCUAGGAGGUGUUGCAGCAAGUGUUGGAUUAUUCGGGGGAUUAGGUAUCUAUGUUUCUAAAAGCGCAGCGUUGGCAACAGCUAUAGCUGAAGGUGCUGAGACCGCUAAAGCUGCCGGUGAAGCUGCACGUAUUCCAGCAGCUAUUGAUGCAGUCAUUAAAGGAAUAACAAAAGUAUUUGGUGUAUCAACUCUAGAUGGUAAGGAAUUGGGAACAUAUAUUACUGCAACAAAUUAUACUAAUUUCAAAACCAUUGCUCUUGCCAUAAAUGAACAAUAUAAUCCAUUGUCAUGUAUAAUACCUGACCCUGGUGCUGAUAAGUCUAUUUGCCCUUGGGUGAUGAGAAAUUUUUUUGCUGCAAAGGAUAGUCCAAGGAAUGUUGUUUCAGCGUAUAAUUCUAUAGAAGUAGCUGUAAAAUCUAUUGUCUUAGAAGCUCAAAGUGUUACUGAAAGAGCUGCAAAAAAGGCUACUGAAGAUGUUAUAAAAAGUAGCAUUGCUGCAGUAGACGCUAAAUAUGUUAUUUGCCAGAAUGCUAUAAUUGCUUCUGUUGUUGCAUUAUUAAUUAUAGUUUUAGUUAUGAUAAUUAUUUAUUUAGUUUUACGUUAUCGUAGAAAAAAAAAAAUGAACAAAAAACAACAAUACACAAAAUUAUUAAAUCAAUAA